UUCACUAAAUUUCCCAUUGUCGACAGCGGCUCGAGAGGACAACAUUCGAAAUGUCGGAACGUCUCAAGGAAAAGGACUUGCCGCGCUUUAGUGGAUAUCUGCGAGCGAAUACAGACCUGGAGGCCAAACUCCUUCUUAGUCAAGACAAUGGAGAAGUUGAGGGUAUACGGCAGGAGAGAAACUCCUUUUUAAAGAAUCAAGGCGAAGAAAAACAAACAAUAACCGAAGUUUUGCAACAAAUGCCGGCGGACCGAAGGGAUCAGGUGAAAAUUCAUUUCCAAAAGUUGCGAAAUUUAGUUCAAGAAUGCAUGGGUUAUGACGAACAGCCCUCGGUGAUCGAACAUGCUGCCUUGUUUCUAUUCUGGCUGAUGCUGGAUCAGAAGGUUAUCACUGUGGCUGCAACAAUGCGGGUCCGCAGUAUAUUUGGCACCAUAUUUGGCAACAGAUUGGCUAUAAUUCAUCAGACUGUGUGGUCCGUAAGAGAACUCCUAGAAGACUAUGAAGUUGAGGAUUUAAAAAAUUGGAAUAAGGGCAUUGGUAAAAAAUCAAAAGAGCAGAAACUUUGGGGCGAUCAUAUAAAACUGAAAUUUGAAAAGGUCCCUUUGGAGGAGUUGACAAAUCUUAUGGAUUUGGCUCCCACCGCCAUAAGCAAGAAUUCGGCAUCCUUGGGAUUUUCUAUGCAAUGGAAUCAAGAGUCGUCCACGCCCUCCAAGUAUCACAAAGUGGUAGAAACUUUUCUUGAAAUGUCUCAAAAAGAGGAACAAUCUCAUUUCAUAAUCAGUCUUUCGGAAUUACUGAACUCCAAGAAGACAAACAAUGAACUGCAAAACGAUUUGAUUGAACUGUUGGGCUUCGACUACUUCGAUCUAGUGCAACAAGUACUAAAGGAUCGUAAUACAAUAGCAGCACAAUUGCAGGAGUUGGACCAAAAGGAAAAGCGCACAAAACGCUCCAAGCAAAUACAACAAAAACAGAACAAUAAAAAUACGAAUGGCGGUGGAGAAUUACGUCCUACUGUGGCCUCACAAGUUGUGGUACAAUCUGCUCUGGAGAAAGAGUUGUGCAAACAAAGUCGCCGAGAGGAAAAGAAAAUGCAAAGAUUAAUUCAAAGUUUGGGUCGCUCGGAUAAAGACGAGGACGAGCAGGCACAGGCUUUAAAUCCCAUGCAAUUGAGAAUGCAACAACAACGAAGAUUACUUGAGGUAGCCCAACAUCAGCCAUUGCUGAAAAGCACUCAGGAAUUCAAAGAGUUCCGUUCGACUUUGCCUGCCCAAGUUCGCUACCCUUAUGUCUUUGAUAGCCAACUGGAGGCCAAACAACAUGCUGGCUUUAUAGGAGGCAAUCGAAUAUCAUUGCCUGACAAUGCCGAGCGUAUAGAUAAUCGCCAAUAUGAGGAAGUCAAAAUACCAGCCACCGAACCACCACCUCUAAGUGUGGGCAAUAAUCGUAUCAACAUUUCCGAUCUAGAUGAUAUUGGCCGUAUGGCAUUUGCCAAUUGCAAGCAACUAAAUCGCAUACAAUCUGUCGUUUAUCCAGUGGCCUAUCACAGCAAUGAGAAUAUGUUGGUGUGUGCACCCACGGGGGCAGGAAAAACAAACGUCGCCAUGUUGGCCAUAGUUCAUACUAUACGCUCUCACCUGGAAAAUGGAGUAAUCAAUCGUGAUCAGUUUAAAAUAGUUUACAUUGCCCCCAUGAAAGCCUUGGCCUCAGAAAUGGUGGCGAAUUUUUCCAAACGUCUAAAGGAAUUGAAUAUUGUGGUCAAGGAAUUGACGGGUGACAUGCAGCUGACAAAGGCGGAAAUGCAGGCGACACAAAUAUUGGUGACAACGCCAGAAAAAUGGGAUGUCGUUACGAGAAAGGGUGCUGGAGAUGUGGCUCUCAUUAGCUUGGUUAAAUUGCUGAUUAUCGACGAAGUUCAUUUGCUGCAUGGUGAACGUGGUCCAGUGGUAGAAGCUCUGGUUGCCAGAACUUUGCGUUUGGUUGAAUCCUCACAAAGCAUGAUACGCAUAGUGGGUCUUUCGGCCACCUUGCCUAAUUACAUAGACGUCUCGAAUUUCCUGCGUGUAAAUCCCAUGAAGGGCCUUUUCUAUUUUGAUGGACGCUUUAGGCCAGUUCCUUUGGACACUUGCUUUAUUGGGGUGAAGUCUAUAAAACCCCUGCAACAAUUGGCAGAUAUGGAUCAGAUUUGUUAUCAGAAGUGUGUGGAACAAGUUCAGCAGGGUCAUCAAGUUAUGGUUUUUGUUCAUGCCCGCAAUGCUACCGUCCGCACUGCCACCACCUUAAGGGAGUUGGCCCAACAAAACCACACAAAUGCUCUAUUCUUGCCGGAUACCAAUAGCAGCAAUUAUGGUUUGGCGUUGAGGGCUAUACAAAAGUCUAGAAACAAACAAUUGGUGGAAUUAUUUUCGGCAGGGUUUGCUAUGCAUCAUGCCGGCAUGUUGAGAACCGAUCGUCAAUUGGUGGAGAAAUAUUUUGCAGAAGGUUAUAUAAAAGUUUUGGUGUGUACCGCCACUUUGGCCUGGGGUGUUAAUUUGCCAGCCCAUGCGGUGGUUAUAAAAGGCACUGAUAUCUACGACUCCAAGCAUGGCUCUUUUGUUGACCUGGGUAUUUUGGAUGUUCUGCAAAUAUUUGGCCGUGCUGGCCGCCCCCAAUUCGACAAGAGUGGUGUGGGCACCAUCAUCACCACCUACGACAAGCUGAAUCAUUAUCUAUCCCUGUUGACCAAUCAAUUUCCCAUCGAAUCGAACUUUGUACAAUUCCUGGCCGAUAAUCUCAAUGCCGAAAUUGCCUUGGGCACCAUAUCGAAUGUGGAGGAAGCUGUUGAAUGGCUGAGUUAUACCUAUCUGUUUGUGCGCAUGCGCAUAAAUCCCCAUGUCUAUGGCAUUGAAUAUGCUGAGGUAAUGCAGGAUCCUCAACUGGAGGCAAAACGCCAAGCUUUAAUAGUGGGGGCAGCCAUGAGUUUGGAUAAAGCACGUAUGAUACGCUUCAAUCAAAGGACCUUGGAUUUCAAUGUCACCGAUCUGGGGCGAACAGCCUCCCAUUUCUACAUCAAAUAUGAUACAGUGGAAAUUUUCAAUGACUUGCUCAAGCCAUUCAUGAAUGAGGCGGAAGUUUUUGCCAUGAUAUCACAGGCUCAGGAAUUUCAACAGCUUAAGGUACGCGACGAUGAACUGGAAGAGUUGGACGAAUUGCGCCACAACUAUUGCAAGGUGAAGGCCAUGGGAGGCAGCGAGAAUGUCUGCGGCAAAGUUAACAUACUCAUGCAAACCUAUCUCUCACAUGGCUAUGUGAAGUCCUUCUCCCUGGUUUCGGAUAUGUCGUAUAUUGUGCAGAAUAUAGCUCGUAUAUCACGUGCCUUAUACUCCAUUGUGUUAAGAAAUAAUAAUGCCAUUCUGUCGGGUCGCAUGUUGCAGAUAUGCAAAAUGUUCGAGAAGCAACAGUGGGAUUUUGAAACACCCAUGCGCCAGUUUAACAACCUAAAUGCCGAAACUAUUGAUAAGCUGGAAAGCAGAGGUAUUAGCAUAUACACUCUGAGAGAAAUGGAGCAGAAUGAGCUGAAGGAGCUUCUGCGCAAUGCCAAAUAUGCCGAACAAGUUUUGAGGGCUGCCCGCGAAUUGCCCAUGCUGGACAUAGAGGCCACCUUACAGCCCAUAACGCGUACUGUGUUGAGAAUAAAAAUUGAUAUAUGGCCAAACUUCAAUUGGAACGAUAGGGUGCAUGGUAAAGUCAGCGAAAGCUUUUGGUUAUGGAUAGAGGAUCCAGAAACGAAUUUCAUAUACCAUUCGGAAUUGUUUCAGGCUAGCAGAAAAUUUGUUUUCAAUGGCAAACCCCAACAGCUGGUUAUGACCAUACCUCUGAAGGAGCCUUUGCCACCGCAAUACUACAUACGCGUUGCCAGCGAUAUUUGGCUGGGCAGCAAUAAUUGGACUCCACUGACAUUCAAACAUCUGGUACUGCCCGAACACCAUCCACCUUUGACAGAAUUGCUGCCCUUGAAUCCACUGCCCGUUAGUUGUUUGAAAAAUCCCCUAUACGAAUCACUCUACAAUUUCUCCCAUUUCAAUCCCAUACAAACACAAAUAUUCCAUUGCCUCUAUCACACCAACAACAAUGUGCUGGUGGGAGCCCCAACUGGCUCGGGCAAAACCAUUGUUGCCGAGAUAUCCAUGUUUAGAGCCUUCAACAGUUCGCCCAAGGCCAAGGUUGUGUAUAUAGCCCCCAUGAAAGCCUUAGUCAAGGAGCGCAUUAGUGAUUGGAAAAAGCGUUUUGAGGCUGGACCUCUGCGCAAACAAGUAGUUGAGUUAACGGGUGAUACCACACCCGAUAUACAGGCCAUACGUGAUUCGCAAAUAAUUGUUACGACACCCGAAAAAUGGGAUGGCAUCAGUCGUUCGUGGCAAACUCGUGAGUAUGUCCAAGAUGUAGUGCUGAUCGUUAUCGACGAAAUACAUUUGCUGGGCGAAGAUCGUGGUCCUGUAAUUGAGGUGAUAGUCUCACGUACAAAUUUCAUAACAUCCCAUACGGGACGUAGCAUACGCAUUGUGGGCUUAUCAACAGCGCUGGCCAAUGCUCAAGAUUUGGCCAAUUGGUUGGGCAUCAAACAGAUGGGAUUGUAUAAUUUUAAGCCAUCGGUAAGACCGGUGCCAUUGCAAGUGCACAUCAAUGGAUUCUCAGGCAAACACUAUUGUCCUCGCAUGGCCACUAUGAAUCGUCCAACAUUCCAGGCUAUACGCUCAUACUCCCCAUCGGAACCUGCCAUUGUUUUUGUUUCCUCGCGUCGUCAGACACGUUUAACUGCCUUAGAUUUAAUCACUUUUGUGGCGGGUGAUGAGAAUCCCAAACAAUUUCUCAAUAUGGAAGAGUAUCAAAUGCAACAAAUUUUACAGGACAUCAAAGAUUCCAAUUUGAAGUUCUGCCUAGCCUUUGGCAUAGGCCUGCAUCAUGCCGGUUUACAGGAACAGGAUCGAAAGACGGUGGAGGAAUUAUUUUUGAAUCGUAAAAUACAAGUUCUCAUAGCCACUGCUACUUUGGCCUGGGGUGUUAAUCUACCCGCCCAUUUGGUGGUCAUUAAGGGCACCGAGUAUUUUGAUGGCAAGGUCAAAAAGUAUGUGGACAUGCCCAUAACCGAUGUCUUACAAAUGAUGGGUCGUGCUGGUCGCCCACAAUUCGACAAUGAAGGUGUAGCUGUGGUCCUGGUGCAUGAUGUUAAGAAAAACUUCUAUAAAAAGUUCCUCUAUGACCCAUUUCCGGUGGAAUCGAGUUUGCUGGAAGUUUUGCCGGAGCACAUUAAUGCUGAAAUAGUGGCAGGCACUGUGCAAACCAAACAGGCCGCCUUGGAUUAUUUGACUUGGACGUUUUUCUUUAGACGUUUACUAAGGAAUCCCACCUAUUAUAAUUUGGAGGGUCUGGAACCGGGUCAAGUGAACAGUUUCUUGUCUUCGUUGGUGGAGAAAGUGGUCUACGAAUUGGAAGCUGCCGCCUGUGUGGUGCAAAAUGAACACCUGCUGAUACCCACCUUCCUGGGGCGCAUAGCCUCUUUCUAUUAUUUAUCCUAUCGCACAAUGAAACAUUUCCUAGAUGAUCUGGAGCCACAAAUGUCCACAGGUGAUGUGUUGUUGGCAAUUGCUGAUUCCUAUGAAUUUGAUCAGCAGCCAGUGCGUCACAAUGAAGAUAAAUACAAUGAAGAAAUGGCUAAUGCUGUGCGUUAUCGUCCUCGUUCUGCCACCUGGGAUUCGCCGUAUACAAAAACAUUCCUCUUGCUGCAGGCUCAUUUCUCACGUUUGUCUUUGCCCAACUCGGAUUAUUUGACUGAUACCAAAUCGGCUUUGGAUAAUGCGACGCGUGUUAUGCAGGCCAUGGUUGACUAUACAGCCGAACGGGGUUGGCUCUCCACCACCCUACGAGUACAGCAGAUAAUGCAAAGUGCUGUACAGGCUCGCUGGUUUGAUGAAAGUGAAUUUCUCACCCUACCUCAUGUCAAUAGUGGCAAUGUGCAUUUAUUCUAUAAUAUAACGCAUAAGUUCGAAUAUCUAACACUGCCCAUAUUGAAAGAGAUUUGCCGCAAUGACUAUGAAAAAUUGGCAGGAUCCUUGAGGGAUAUGUUUGAGGAGCCAGAAAUUGAACAAAUCUAUAAGGUAAUACAAGAUCUGCCGGAAAUUGCUGUAAAAAUACUAGUACAAGGAAGACAUUAUGAGGAAGAAGAAUCAUUAAGACCCGUCAGCACUGAUAUAAAAUCGAAUGUAUGGACAGAGAUACAUCCAAAUGAGGACUAUGUUCUCAGCAUUGAAAUGCAACGUUUGAAUGUGAAACGUAACUUCAGCACCGCCAUUCAUUGUCCCAAAUAUCCCAAGGGUAAAAGGGAGGCUUGGUUCCUCUCACUAGGCUCCCAAGGCAGCGAUGAACUGCUGGCCAUGAAGCGCAUAAAUAUGCGUGGCUUGAAAUCCUCAAAUCGCAUAACUUUUCAAUGUCCCCCACGCAGAGGUCGCCUGCUAUUGACCCUAUACCUCAUGUCGGAUUGUCUAAUUGGUUUUGAUCAACAAUUCGAUUUGCAAUUUGAGGUUAUUGAUCCCAAACAACGAUAAUUGUCGAUGUGAAGUAUAGUUUAAUUUUUGUUAGUCUCACUUGAAUGUUUUUCUGUUUCGUAUUUGGUUUUUCAUUUUUCUCACAUAGAACAUCCAAUUUUACGUAACUAUUUUUGGAAAAUAGUACAACUUGACAGCUUUAAAAGUAUUAACUCCAUCAUGACAUUAUUAGCAAAUAACUGUUCACUUCAGUUCAGUUCAUUUCUAAGUCAAAGUGAAAUUCAAUCCAUGGUUAAUGCUUUGUUUUAUAUAAAAACAAAAAUCUAGUAGCCUACAUAGCAUGUAUAUAUAUAUGUAUGCAUAUAUAUAGUAUUACAUUUAUAUAAAUC